UGUUGUUGGGGCAAUUGGUUGCGUAGCAACGUCUCGUACUCGGAGAAAGAUUGUUCCCCGUCGCAGCGACCGCCGACAUUGCUCUAAUGUUUGGAGAGAGUUUUAACUUUUUAGUAAAUGUUCGACAAUCCAGUCAAUUAUGACCGAGGCCGAGAAAUCCUCCGCAAUCACCGUCUCUGCCAUCAGAAACUGGUGGAACACCAUCCAGCUGGACAAAUCGGACACCAAUGAAUCCAACACAGACCAAGAUGAGGAUGAAUUAGCAGGGAGGAAGCAUUUGUCUAUGGACCUGAGCCAGAAACUACGGACCAGGCAGCUCCUCAUAAACUUUGAUGGCGGCCGACCCGUUCUGAGUCUCAGGGCACCGCUGGACCUGGUCAACUUCCCGUCCAUCUCCCGUCCCCGCUGGCCCAUCGAGUGUGAGGUCAUCAGUGACAUCGUCCAACACAUAGAGUGGGACCCCCCCGAGCCGGAGACUUUCUAUCAGGCCACAGGACAUGAGAGGACACCCAUGCCAGUCGGAGAGGAGAGGGGAAAGUUGGUGUACUUCAUUAACCCCGCCACUAAGUGUCCCUAUUUCACCUGCUCUCGUGUCGGAGGCAGCAGGGGGGCCAUUAAGAGCGCCGCUAUAUUUGAGACGAAUCAGACGGACUUCACUCUGGAGUUUGAGUCCCGCUUUGAGAGUGGGAACCUUCAGAAGGCCGUCCAAGUGGGUGUCUACGAGUACGAGCUCACCCUGCGCACGGACAUGUACACUGCGAAGCACACACAGUGGUUUUACUUCAGGGUUCGGAACAUGAAGGCCGGCGUGACCUACCGCUUCACUAUCAUCAACCUGAUGAAGAGCAGCAGCCUGUAUUCUCAGGGCAUGAGGCCGCUCCUCUACUCCGAGAGGGCUGCUGAGGAGAACGGAGUUGGGUGGCGGCGCACGGGCUCCAAUAUCAGAUACUAUCGAAACUGCAGUCAAAAUACGAAGGACAACAACAGUGACCCCAUCCCCUUGUACUCGCUCUCCUGGACUCUCCAGUUCCCCCACGACUCGGACACCUGCUACCUGGCCCACUGCUACCCUUACACCUAUUCUCACCUGCAGCGCUACCUCCGGCGCGUUUCCUCCAACAAGGCGGUUGCGUCGUACUGUAAAAUGCGCGUCCUGUGCCACAGCCUCGCCGGCAACGCUGUGUACGUGAUGACAAUAACGUCCCACGGGGUGAGCAGGCUGGAGGGCAGGACCAAGAAGGCCGUGGUGGUGACGGCCCGAGUGCAUCCCGGCGAAACCAACGGGUCCUGGAUAAUGGAAGGAUUCCUCGACUUUCUGCUCGGGGACUCAGAUGAUGCCAAGCUACUCAGGGACAUGUUUGUUUUCAAGGUUGUUCCGAUGCUGAACCCAGAUGGUGUAGUGGUGGGCAACUAUCGCUGCUCUCUGGCAGGAAGGGACCUCAACAGAAACUACGAGACAUUACUCAGGGAUUCCUUUCCCUGUGUGUGGCAUACGCGAAACAUGGUGGAAAGACUAAUGGCCGAAACGGAUGUGGUUCUCUACUGCGAUUUUCACGGCCACAACCGUAAAAACAACGUCUUCAUGUACGGCUGUAACAACCGGAGUGAUGCUUCGCUCAAACUGCACGAGAGAGUCUUCCCACUAAUGAUGAGCAAGAACGCCAGCAAUAAGUUCUCCUUCAAGAGCUGUAAAUUCCGGGUGCAGAAGAGCAAAGAGGGCACAGGCAGAAUCGCGAUGUGGAGACUCGGCAUCAAAAACAGCUACACCAUGGAGGCCACCUUUGGAGGCUCCACUCUGGGCGACAGGAGAGGGACGCAUUUCUCUACUCGAGACCUGAAGUCCCUUGGUUUUUACUUCUGUGACACCCUGCUGGACUACUGUGACCCUGAUCAAACCAAGACCACAUACUGUCUGACAGAGCUGGCAGCGAUGCUGAGACAAGAAGUCAGAGCAAGACUGGGAAAAGAUGUGGGAACUCACUGUAAUUUCUCUGUGUCCGACCUGGAAACUAGCACCAGCGGUUCAAACAGUUCAGAUUCAGACGGACUCCCAGUUCAUUUACUGAAUCAGCCUCAAAAUGUUGAUCCAGGGCAAACUCGCACAAAGAAGAAAAAGAAACGUCUCAAGAGCCGCAAGGAAAGAAACAGGCUGCAGCCAGACAGAGUGAAGAAUAACAUGCAGCCUAAGAUUCUGCAAAGCAGCAUCACAGAUAUUGGCUCCAACCUGCCACAGGACAACGCAGUGAAAGAGUCCAUCCAGGAGAGGCCUGGUGGAAGACCCAGGAAGAAAUGGCAGUUGAAUGGUUUCUUACGAAAAGCCGUGGUCCCUCCUCCCGCCCCUGACCCAGGAGAAGUCAGCCAGGUGACACUGUGGGAGGGCUGUGAGCCUGUCCAGGACGUCUGUCUGGAACACAAGAGCACCUCUUUUCCUCGCCACAGGACCAGAGCAUGCUCACAUCUCAGCACGAUCACGGCUGCGUCGUCUCAUCCAUGUGACCCGGUUACAGACGCCAGACGGUGGAGAUGCUCCUCUCAGCUGCUGCACCUGAGUGCGCUCCUUCCACCUUCACCAGGUUUCACUAAUUCCAACCGGCAACCGCAUCGUUGCGCCCGGAACUCUUUUGGCUCCUGCAAAGUUUACAAAGGGCCUCCUCCUUCCCUAAGAGUAGCUCACAGAUCUCCCCCGUCUGUGUAUCUCAAGAUGGUUCCGGACAUUCUUCCAAAGAGGGGCCUGCUGUCAGGUUUCUCCACCGACAACUUCAGCCGCCGGCACAUUUUUAGAGACAAAAAUUCUCUGCUGGUUUGUGAGCCUUAUUUUGUGCACGAGGACUACUUUAAAUCAAACGCCACAGAGAUAACCACACAGCAGAAUGAGGAGCAGCAAGACACCUCAGAAGUGGGACUCUCACUGAUGAGACCUGCACCGUUUGGAGAGCAGAGCCAGAGAGAUCACACCCUGGACCUUCCCUUGACAGAAACCGAAGCAUGCGGCAAUUUGUUUGUGUCCGUGCCGAGGGACCUAAGAGGAAAAAGACUAUGCAGAGAAACACUGAACAGCGAACGACACAUGGGUGUUUUACCUGCUUUGUCGAAGCCGUCAGCCCUCAUGAAGAUGGAACUUCCACGUCCACAGAGUGAAGCCCUGAGCUCACUUCAGGAUAAAAACAUCUGCCUCUCUCACUUUGACAGAGAAAGACACAUGAGCACAGCUCCGCAGGAGGUCAGAAGACCGUCGCAGUCGGCCCCAUCACAAGGCACCGCAUUUAUAAUCUGACAACCAAAGACUGAUUUUCUGUUUUUAUUGUGUGAUGUGAAGGUUUUCUGCAGGAUAAAUAACUUCAAGAGGAAAUAUGCUGUUUAUACCACACGGAAAAUUACACCACACAAGUACUGAUACAGAUAACAUGACAUUUUUUU